GCGAUAGAUCCAGGCAAAGCUGUGUACAUACAAACUUCUGCCUGGAUCAAGAUCAAUACAUUGCUUUCUUUCGUCACUGUAUAUAAAGUUUGUUUGAGUUUUGCCCGCUUCGUCUCUUCAAACGCACAUGAAUCGGGGCCCGUCAAGCUGAAAAUGCCUCGUAGACGACAGAGACAUAUGGCUGGGAGUGGUUCAGAUGGGACAGAAGACUCUGACUCUUCUGCUGAAAGAGAGCAGACCAACAGUUCAGAGAGUGAUGGGAACAUGUCCAAGAGGCAGCGCCUCACCAGAGCCUCCACUCGCCUUAGCCAAAGCUCACAAGAUACUCCUGACUUGAAGCGAGCUGCGGACCAUGAUGAAUCUCCACCACUGACACCCACAGGAAAUGCCCCCUCCUCUGAGUCUGAGCUGGACAUCUCUAGCCCCAAUGCCUCUCAUGAUGAGAGCCAGGCCAAAGAUCAAGCCAGCAGAGAUUCAGAUAAGGACCUCUCCCAUCGACCCAAGCGCCGUCGCUGCCAUGAGACCUACAACUUUAACAUGAAAUGCCCCACCCCUGGGUGUAAUUCACUCGGUCACCUCACAGGAAAACACGAACGUCAUUUUGCUGUAUCAGGUUGUCCUCUUUACCACAAUCUCUCUGCUGAUGAGUGCAAAGUGAAAGCCAUCAGCCGCGAGAAACAAGAAGAGGAGAUGAAGGUGCAGGAAGAAAGCAACUCGCGCCAUGCAACUCGACACCAGACACCAACAUCAAAACAGAGCAGAUACAAAGAGCAGGUGGCUGAGAUUAGGAAGGGGCGUAACUCUGGACUGCAGAAAGAGCAGAAAGAAAAGCAUAUGGAGCAUCGGCAGGCACACAGCAACACCAGAGAACCUUUGCUCGAGAACAUCACCAGUGAUUAUGACCUGGAGCUUUUCAGGAAAGCCCAGGCCCGUGCAUCUGAAGACCUGGAGAAGCUGCGUAUCCAGGGUCAGAUCACUGAGGGCAGUAACAUGAUCAAAACCAUACUGUUUGGCCGCUACGAGUUGGACACCUGGUACCACUCACCCUAUCCUGAAGAGUACGCCCGCCUUGGUCGCCUCUACGUCUGUGAAUUCUGCCUGAAAUAUAUGAAGAGCCAGACCAUCCUGAGGCGACACAUGGCCAAGUGUGUGUGGAAGCAUCCCCCAGGAGAUGAGGUGUACAGAAAAGGGGCUAUUUCUGUGUUUGAAGUUGAUGGUAAAAAGAACAAGAUCUACUGCCAGAACCUGUGUUUACUUGCAAAGCUCUUCUUGGACCACAAAACGCUGUACUAUGACGUGGAGCCUUUCCUCUUUUAUGUCAUGACUGAGGCUGACAACACCGGCUGCCAUUUAGUGGGAUACUUUUCAAAGGAAAAGAAUUCCUUCCUCAACUACAAUGUUUCCUGUAUUCUGACGAUGCCGCAGUACAUGAGGCAGGGCUUUGGCAAGAUGCUCAUUGACUUCAGCUAUCUGCUGUCCAAAGUGGAGGAGAAGGUGGGCUCACCAGAGAGGCCUUUGUCUGACUUGGGCCUCAUAAGCUACCGCAGCUACUGGAAAGAAGUGUUACUCAGAUACAUGUGCAACUUCCAAGGCAAAGAGAUCUCCAUCAAAGAGAUCAGUCAGGAAACUGCUGUCAAUCCAGUGGACAUCGUGAGCACCCUGCAGUCUCUACAGAUGCUCAAGUACUGGAAGGGAAAGCACUUGGUGUUGAAGCGACAGGAUCUGAUUGAUGAGUGGAAAGCAAAGGAGAUCAAGCGAGGCAACAGCAACAAAACCAUCGACCCGAGCUCACUGAAAUGGACCCCCCCCAAAGGGACAUAAGCACUAAGAUCCUCAGGCUACUGAAUGAACUCACCUCCAGCCUCACCAGCCACAAGUAGCCUAGACCUACUAACUGUCAAUAAAGAUCAGUGUUCUACAUUUCUUUCAUUUUUUUUUAACCCUGCUUAUUUGUGUCAUGGAACCAUUUUUUAAAAAACUUUUUAUAUUUUACUUUCGUUUAUAUUUUAAACACCAUACAUUCUACGUCAAAGUGAUUCUUGACUAAAACAUUCUCAAAAAAAAGAAAAGAAGAACGGUAGAGAAUCUGUUUGUCCUUUUUUUAUUUGACAUCUACUAAGCUUUGAAUGUUAAAUGAUACAUGGUCCAGUGUGGUGGAUAACAUGAAUGUUUCGCUUUGCUCAUGCAAAAGAAAAAAAAAGAAAAGACAUACCUACAUUUGGCAGCAUUUGCAGGCUGUUAUUUUUAUUUCGUUCAAGAAAUGUGUAUUUUGAAGAUAAUAGUUUUUCUUUUUUUUUCUUUUUUUUUGGGGAUAAAUACAGUAAUUGUCAGCAUGAAUUGAAACUGUAAGCAGAGUGUAUUGAGGACUAUGAUUUAUGGUCAUGUAUUCUUUGGUUGGUGUAAAAUUGUAUAGAUCAUGAUAUAAUGUGUGCUUCUUUUUGUAGCUCCAUCAAUACAGGAUUUGGACCCAUUCUUCUGGUAAACCUGCCAAAUAAUGGAACAAUAAAUUGAGAUAUUUUUCAAUUUGCUGCAGAUAUAAAAACUGACAAUACCACUGUAAGAAUGCACAUAAAAAUAAAACAACCUCAGGUUUUUAUACUGAUACAAUCAUACCUUGCUUGUGUGGUUUCUCUGAAACAUCGAUUGCAGUGGUCGUUGCAGGUGGAAAUAUUCUGGUUAAAGAUUCUGUUGAUGAACAGAAAACAUUUUAACUCAACAUUUUAAAUGGGACUGUGUCUGCCUUGUACGCCUUGUACUUUUUAAUCAUAGUUGUUAAAUGUGUAUUAGCAAUUGGAUAUUUUUAAUAUCAAUAAAGCUGCC